UUCCUGGCAAGAGAGAGAGAGAGAGAGAGAGAGUUCUUCUCAGCAAUGGGAGAUGUGAUGGGAUGUAAAGUAAGUGAUGACGAAAGGAUAAACAUGAAUGGAACCUGCAAAAGCAGUGAAGAUGUUAUUAAGGGAGAUGAUGAAAUCGAAUCGACUGAGACAGAACUGAGAGGAGUCAGAGAAGAAAACUUGAGACUGAAAAACCUGCUGCAACAAAUAGGGAAGGAUUACAAGGCGCUGGAAAUGCGAUUCGUCGAUAUUUUCCAGCAAGAGUCCAAGAAAAACGGAAGCCCGAUUAUCGUUGCACCUGCUGAGGAUGAUCAAGAACAAGAACUCGUAUCUCUUCGCCUCGGAACAAGUGUUGAGCCCAAAAAGGAAGAUGUUCAUGUUGCAAGUGGUAGCAGUAGCAGCUGCUGCAAAGUUAUCUGUGAAAAUGGUGAACUUAAGCUUGGAAUGGACUACAGCCUUGGACGGCUGGAAACUGAUGAUGGCUCCAUGGCUUUCAGAAAGAAUCCAGGCCCUGAUAAUUGUAGCUUCACAGGUAAAAAGGAAGAGGAUAAGGCAGGAGAAAAAUGGCCACCGGGUAAUGGUUUGAAGACGCAGAGAAGUGGGGAUGAUGAACUCUCUCAGACAAGCGUGAAGAGAGCAAGAGUUUGUGUAAGAGCAAGAUGCGAUACCCCAACGAUGAAUGAUGGGUGCCAGUGGAGAAAAUACGGGCAGAAAAUUGCAAAGGGAAAUCCCUGUCCGCGGGCUUAUUAUCGCUGCACAGUUUCUCCAACAUGCCCCGUCAGGAAACAGGUGCAACGAUGUGCGGAAGACAUGUCUAUCUUGAUCACAACCUACGAAGGCACUCACAACCACCCACUACCCAUGUCGGCCACCGCCAUGGCUUCCACUACCUCCGCAGCAGCUUCCAUGCUCCUCUCUGGCUCCUCCACUUCCCAGCCAUCGGCCACCGCAGCUCCAAGCACCCAUCUUUACGGACCACCAACUUUCUAUCCUUUUGAUAACUCCAGAACUCAACCUUAUUUCUUGCCCAACUCUUCAUCAGCUCCCUUCCCCACAAUAACUCUAGAUCUGACCACCAAUCCUGCAACCACACAAGGUGGCUUUGGCCUGUAUUCCUCGACAUCUCGACUGAAUCCUAGAGUUCCUACGACAAACCUAAGCUUUUCUUCAGUGGAUUCUAACAUGGGAUCAACGACGGUUUGGGGCAGCGGAGGGUCUUCUUAUGGGACAUUUCCCUAUAACAAAGAUCACCAUUUUUUGCUGCCCGGAAAACCAGCCCAAGAACUGAAGUUCCAAUCCUACUUUGAAAUGUUUAACCACGCUUCCUCCCAACAGGCUCUAACAGAAACGUUGACCAAGGUAAUCACAUCUGAUCCGAGCUUUCGAUCAGUAAUAGCAGCCGCAAUCUCAUCAAUGGCUGCUAAUGGAGGUACUGGAAAACUGAACAAUUAUGAGAAGGGGGAAAAUCUUGGCUGAACAUACUCGAACAAAUCGGUACCUUUUGAAUCCAUAAAUUAGAAGGCUGCAUCUUCAACAGUUUCCACUUUGCAGUUCUAUUGAAUGGAAAAUCAAGAACCAACUGGUUGUGGAUUUUUGGGAUUUUCAACCAGGGAUGAUCAUGAGUUCUUGAUUAGCCAGCAUGGGUUUUCGUCAGAACACACAAUGUAAAUAAAUUUGGUUUUGUGUUCCAGCUUAGUGAGAUGAAAAGAGUGAGAUAUUUAUUCCAGCCCUCCAUAUUUUAGUCUCAUACAUAUAGAGCGCUGGAAUGAAUAUUUGAUUUGUAUUUAUCAGUAUUGAAAUGAAAUAAAGGCGUAGGUAGCAACUGCAUCAGGUUUCAGAAAUGAUCUGCACAGACUAUCAUUUGGUUCACACAGAUUCCAUCAAUAU